UCACCCAACAAUCUUACUUCCCUUCAAUCAAGAUUGGAUUUUGAGAGGUGAAAUCUGAAGAGAGAAGUUUUUUGCAGCUUGGGUUUUGAGGAGAGAGAUUUUAAGGGAAAAUAAUUGUUGCAGCUUGAAUGAUGGGGUGUCCCCUGUUGUUGAUAUUGGGAGUUUCUGUGCUUCUGUUUGGAUGGGAUGCAUCAGCACAGAGUUCAGAUUCAAAUUGCCCUAAAACAUUCACUGUAGGUGAGGCCAAAACUUAUCAAACCUGUAACAACUUACAAACUUUAGGAGCUACUCUGGCAUAUACCUAUGUUGUAGAGAAUGGGUCAUUGGAUAUAGCUUUCCAGGCUGCCCCUGCAGCUUCUGGGGGAUGGGUAGCAUGGGGUAUAAACCCACAGGGGAUACAAAUGAUUGGCACACAGGCUUUGAUUGCCUUCCAAUCAAGUAAUGGAUCAACUGUGGUGGGCACAUAUAAUGUUCAAUCUAAGACUGCUGCUUUGAAUCCCUCGUCUAUUAGCCUCACUGUGACCAACAAGAGUGCUGUGUAUGAGAGUAGCAGUGGGAAGAUAACAAUCUUUGCCUCCUUGGUGCUUGGUUCCAACCAAACCAGUAUUAAUCAGGUGUGGCAAGUGGGCAGCUCAGUCACCAACUCAACUCCUGUCAUACACAGUACUGCCUCAGCUGAUCUCAGCAGUUUAGGGACACUGGAUCUCCAAGGUGGAACCAGCUCUGUUUCUUCUGGUAUUUCUCACCAGACUCUCAAAAAUAGGCAUGGAGUGCUUACUGUUGUUAGCUGGGGUAUAUUGAUGCCCAUUGGAAUCAUGAUUGCUAGAUAUGCCAAGACAUUCAAAGCUGCAGAUCCUGCAUGGUUUUACCUCCAUGCUUUUUGCCAAACCUCUGGAUAUAUCAUUGGAGUAAGUGGUUGGGGUACUGGCUUGAAGUUGGGCAGUUAUAGCAAAGGUGUAGAACAAACUUCACACAGAAAAAUUGGGAUUGCACUUUUCUGCUUUGCAACUUUACAGAUAUUUGCUCUACUCUUGCGACCUGACAAGGAUCACAAGUUCCGCAUAUACUGGAAUAUAUAUCACCACUCUGUUGGCUACGCAGUGAUCAUAUUGAGCAUUAUAAACAUCUUCAAAGGCUUUGACAUCUUGGACCCUGAAAAGAAGUGGAAGAAUGCUUACAUUGGUGUUCUUAUUGCUUUGGGUGUAAUUGCAGCCAUUCUUGAAGUUGUGACAUGGAUCAUCUUCUUUCAACGCAAAUCAAAAAAUUCUAUUAACCGUGUUAGUGAAAUGAAUGGGAAUGGCUCAACUCAAUCACAUGUUUAGAACAGUAGUUCUAUUCAGAUUAUCCAAUCCACUUAUUGUUGCUUUUCCUACAGACGGUUCAUAGAUUAGUAAGAGAUUUGGGGGUAGUGUGGGAGUUUAUUCUUUUAUUUAUUAUUUUAGUUAGUUAUAGAUACAUGUUAGGGCACAUUUUUGGUGUAAUGUGUACUCAUUUAUCUUGUACAUUAGGGAAUGCAUAUUUAUAGACAGUUUUGACCCUAUUUAGGUCAUGAAAUAUUUUGGA